UCAUGUUGCAGCUCCUCCUCACAUUCCAGGCCUGCUGAGGCUUCUCUCAAUUUUUUUCCAAAAUGGAGCCUCUCGCCACCUAUCCUUUAAAAUGUUCAGUGCCCAAAGCCAGGGUGUUUAUUGUUUUCCUGUCCAUGGUGUUGUGCACAGUCAUGCUCUGUCUGUUGCAACUUAAGUUCUUAAAACCUAAAAUCAAAGACUUUUAUUCUUUUGAAGUGAAGGAUUCAAAAGGGAGGAUCGUUUCUCUGGAGAAGUACAGAGGCAAAGCAUCUCUGGUUGUAAACGUGGCCAGUUACUGCCAGCACACAGACAAAAAUUACAUUGAGCUGCAAGAAUUACACAGAGAGUUUGGUCCAUCCCACUUCACUGUGCUGGCCUUUCCCUGCAAUCAGUUUGGAGAAUCGGAGCCUAGCUCAAGCCAAGAAAUAGAAUCUUUUGCCAAGGGAAACUAUGGAGUAACUUUCCCAAUUUUCUACAAAAUUAAGAUUCUAGGAUCUGAAGCAGAACCUGCAUUUAAAUUUCUCAUUCUUCAAAGAAAGAACCUAGGUGGAAUUUCUGGAAGUACCUUGUCAGCCCAGGGGGUAAAGUUAUGAAAUUCUGGAGACCUGAAGAGCCCAUAGAAAACAUCAAGCCAGAAGUAGCAUCUUUGAUCAGGCAGAUCAUCAUGAAAAAGAAGGAAGACCUUUGAAAAGGUCUGUCAGCCUGUGAAUCUAUUUUGCAGCAUGUAAACACAACCAUGGUACAUUCCUGUUAAAAGCUGCUAGAAACUAGACCAUCAAGUGUUUUAAUUUCUCUUUGGUUUUGUGUCAUCAUCCACUGUGCUAGUAAUUCUUAUAUCUAAUGUAGGGGCCCAACCUUGCAACAAUGCAGAGGAAAACCAAUGAAGCUGAUUGAAAUUGCGAGGCACUCAGAACCUUGCAGUAUCGGGUUUUUAUUUUGGCACAAAUGGCAAAAUGUUCUCCAUAUAGUCACAUUGCUGGCAAUGAUUAAUAAUAAUGUCACCAACAUGAAAAUGCUCAAAAAAGAGAGAGUAUUUGCCUGAAUAUAAAAUUGAGCAGCCUAUCAGUCUGUGGGCUUUGUUUCCCAGAUAUUAGAAACAAGUGUUUUUGAUGUUCCAGAAUUACUUAAAGCCAUGACACCAAGGCAGAGAUACCAUCCCAGGGUAGUUAGAACCAUGUAUCACUGAAAAUGCCAGCUUUGCAAGGCGAACAAAAGAAGGUUGAUGAAUUGUGAAAAUGACAGACUAAGUAUUAAAAAUGUAAAUAGAAAAUUCUAUGAAGAUUGUUUAUUAAAAAAGAGAAAACCAUCACAAAAUA